GGCGCGAAGUCCUCCAGGCCGCCGGUGGUCCCCGGGCCACCGUACUCUUCCGCUCCCAGAGGCCCCUGCGGCGGAAAUAGUCAUUCUCCGAGGCACGCAGCCCACGCCGCGCACCGCUGGUAUCCUGGCCAUGGCGAUGGGGGGAGGAGGUGGCGGCGGCGUCCCGGAGCAGGAGGACUCGGUGCUGUUCCGGCGCGGCGCCGGCCAGAGUGAUGAUUCUGACAUUUGGGAUGAUACAGCACUAAUAAAAGCAUACGAUAAAGCUGUGGCUUCAUUUAAGCAUGCUCUAAAGAAUGGUGACAUUUCUGAAGCUUCAAAUAAACCAAAAGGCACCCCUAAAAGAAAACCUGCUAAGAAGAAUAAAAGCCAAAAAAAGAACACCACAACUCCCUUGAAGCAGUGGAAAGUUGGUGACAAAUGUUCGGCCAUUUGGUCAGAAGAUGGCUGCAUUUACCCAGCUACCAUUGCUUCAGUUGAUUUUAAGAGAGAAACCUGUGUUGUGGUUUACACUGGAUAUGGAAAUAGAGAGGAGCAAAAUCUGUCUGAUCUACUUUCCCCAACAUCUGAUGUAGCUAAUAAUAUAGAACAGAAUGCUCAAGAGAAUGAAAGUCAAAUUUCAACAGAUGAAAGUGAGAACUCCUCCAGGUCUCGUGGAAACAAACCAAAUAACAUCAAGUCAAGAGCUGCUCCAUGGAACUAUUUUCUCCCUCCACCACCCCCCAUGCCAAGAUCAGGACUGGGACCAGGAAAGCCAGGUCUAAAAUUUAAUGGCCCACCACCACCACCACCACCACCACCACCACCACCACCAUCCUUCCUAUCAUGCUGGCUGCCUCCGUUUCCUUCUGGACCACCAAUAAUUCCCCCACCUCCUCCCAUAUGUCCAGAUUCUCUUGACGAUGCUGAUGCUUUGGGAAGUAUGUUAAUCUCUUGGUACAUGAGUGGCUAUCACACUGGUUACUAUAUGGGUUUCAAACAAAAUCAAAAAGAAGGAAGGUGCUCACAUUUUAAUUAAGGAGUAAUUCAUACAGUAUUCCUUAAGAAGUGCAGCUCUCUCCCAAGGAGAAGGGUGUUUUGAUAUGCCCUGGUCGAUGUGAACAGUUUUCAUCUUUUCUUCAUGAGCACUUGGUUGAAUGGCACAAUCUUCUACAUUUACCUUUGUUGUAUGUGACUUGUGCUUAAGUAACCAGCCAGGUAUUUGUAGGGAAUAACCAGUUUGAAUAACUGAACAAUGUUAAUGUGAGUAAUUAAAAGAAACUCAAGGUCACAUAUAGUGCAGAAAAGUCAAUCUGUCAACACAUUUGUAUAUUGUAACUUUCUUAGUAUGUUAAGCUUUUUACUGAUGCCUUUAAAAAUAAAUGAUAAAUAUUUUUUAAUCUUGA